UCAGUUCACGUUUCUCGGCCUUCUAGGUUUCCUCCUCCCUGUCACCACAAAACCCCCUCCGCGCUCUUCAUCCAACAUAUCACCUUUGAAGCGCAGGAAAAACAAAAAACAAAAACAAAUCUUGAAUUCUAAAUGGGUUUUUGCUGAAUAAUUUAUCUGCAGGGCAAAGUUUUGAUCAUUUUUGUUCAGCAUAAAAUAGUAUAAGUUAAGUUUUUGUAGCAGGCUCAUCAAUGGCGUCGCAGUCAGCGAAUUUGUGGGUGUUGUUGGGAUUAGGGUUGGCUGGGAUACUGAUAAUGACGAGGAAGCUCAAGAAAGCAGUUAAAGCUGACUUCGGGGCUUUCGUCGAGCGGCUUCAGCUUCUGCCACCGCCUCAGCCUCCUCCGCCUAAAGCUCCCCACCCUCUUACCGGCCUCUCUUUCGCCGUUUCUGAUGUGUUUCAUAUAGAGGGAUUUGUUACUGGGUUUGGCAAUCCAGACUGGGCAAAGACUCAUGAACCUGCAACGCAGACAUCUACUGUGGUCACUGCUCUUGUAGAAGCUGGUGCAACAUGUGUUGCGAAAACAAUUGUAGAUGACAUGGCUUUUGGAAUAAGUGGUGAAAAUAAGCAUUAUGAUGCACCAACUAAUCCUGCAUCUUCUUCACGAGUACCUGGAGGUCCAUCAAGUGGAGCUGCAGUGGUUGUUGCCGCAAAUCUUGUAGAUUUUUCUUUGGGUAUUGAUACUGAUGGUGGCGUGCGAGUUCCUGCUGGAUAUUGUGGAAUUCUGGGAUUUCAACCAUCAUUUGGGGCUGUUUCUCACAUGGGGAUAAUUCCCGUCUCACAAAGCCUCGAUGUAGUUGGAUGGUUUACUAGGGAUCCCAAUAUACUGCGUCGUGUUGGACAUGUGCUGCUGCAGGUUCCAUUUACUGCUCAACGUAAUCCAAGGAACAUCGUGAUAGCUAAUGAUCUGUUUCAGUCAUUAAAUAUUCCUACUGAUCGCACCUCUCAAGUAGUGAUAAAAGCCAUUGAAAAGCAGUUUGGAAGACAAAUGAUAAGACAUGAGAAUCUAGAUGCCUAUUUGAGUAAUAAAGUUCCAAGCUUAAAGUCUUUUAAGAAAUUAAAUGGUGAAGCUAAAUUGUCCACUACAAGAUUGUUAGGACAUGUUGUCCAAGUACUCAAGAGACAUGAAUUCAAGCGAAAUCAUGAUGAUUGGAUUGACGAUGUGAAGCCUACACUAGACCCUAUUAUUACUGCACAACUGCAUGAGGGGCUGGAGGUGGCAGAUACAGAGAUUGAUAAAUGCCAUGCUGUCAGGAAUGAAAUGAGAUCAGCUCUAAGUGAUCUUCUAAAGGAUGAUGGAAUUUUGGUUAUUCCCACUGUUAUUGAUCCUCCUCCAAAAGCUGGUGCAAAGGAGACUCAAUCCAUCGACUAUGUAUCUAGAGCGUGUUUGUUUGCUAGCUUGGCUAGUCUCUCAGGUGGUUGUCAGGCCUCCAUACCUCUUGGAUUUCAUGACAAAUGCCCAAUUUCUGUCUCCUUUGUAGCAAGGAAUGGGGGUGACCGAUUUUUACUCGAUGCAGUACAGGCUCUAUUUGCAUCUCUGCAGGAGCAGGCCAAGAUAGCUGCACAGUCGAAGUCAUCUAAUAAUGCUAUCAGUAAGGAAGCGUCUGCUGAGAUGGCUAAAGAAAAGGGUAACCAAGCUUUUAAAGAGAAACAAUGGCAGAGGGCUAUUGGCUUCUAUACGGAGGCUAUCAAACUCAAUGGCAAUUGUGCAACUUACUUUAGUAACCGGGCUGCAGCAUAUUUGGAACUUGGAAGCUUCAUCCAAGCUGAAGCCGAUUGUACAAAGGCCAUUGAACUUGAUAAGAAGAAUGUAAAAGCGUACUUCAGAAGGGGCACUGCAAGGGAAAUGCUAGGUUACUAUAACCAGGCAAUAGAAGAUUUCAGAUAUGCACUUGUCCUCGAGCCAACCAACAAAAGAGCAGCUCAGUCUGCUGAGAGGCUCGCAAAGCUGUUUCAUUAAGUCAUUAAAACAUAAUUGGGGUCCUUGAUACAUUUAUGCUCACCGGAACUUGUUCUUUUGGGAACCGAUAGACAUCCCCCCAUGAUACAGAAAAUGCGAACAGCUCUCUAUUGCCAUGCACAUCAGAGGCAUCCAAUUCUUUCUUUGAUGUUAAAGUUAGAAGGCAGGAGUAAUCAGAGUACAAUUUCAGCAGUUGAUAGGGAGGGAUGAUUUUGUAAUUAUAGUGCAAUUUUGUUUACUUCCUGUUUGCAUUCGAAUUGUAUGUCUAUCAAGGAGCUGUCAAUCUGUUAUUUUAAGCAUUCUGAAUCAACCUUCAAUUUUUUGAAAUGAAUUCUUGGUUAGGAAUUGAAAAAGAAGACAGUUGGAUUUGUAAAAUCCAAAUGAAGGUUUGUUUCUGCUUGGUUUAUUUACCA